GUACUACAUUAACAAAUAUGCCUCAGAUAACCGACCAGCUUACUGGCAGCGGCGCAGAAGCUUUGGCAGAGACUCUAGCACGACUCUCUAAGAAACCCGGGGUAGAGGCGACACUGGUGCUUGAAGCCUCUAGCGGUACCAUCAUUCAGAAUUCGGGAUCGUUUUCAGCCUUCCGCUCAACGUCUAGAUCAAACAAUACCGGUGCAUCUACAGAAGAUUCGAGUACAGCAGCCAACACAGAGAGCCAAGGAAUUGAAGAAUUAGCUUCCAUGGUAUGGAGUUUUGCAAAAUCAGCCGGGGGACUUGUACAAGGACUAGAUGUUGAGGAUGAGGUUAAGCUCCUACGUCUACGAACGAAGAAACACGAGCUUGUGAUUGUUCCGGAUACAAAAUACAUACUCGUCGUUGUGCACGAAACACCUCCAGCCUGAGGAAGAAGUGCAGGAAGAAUUUAAUUUACACAUAUCGAUAGAACGGCGUUCAAUACCCAAGGAGCAUUUCACGGCGUUAUAGUUUAUUUUGAGAGGAUAUCUUAAUGACAUAAACCAUACAAAUUUGUUCGUUUUCAGUGAUGCUCUGCGACUGAUGUGUGGUCCAUUCAAGGCGCGCCCCUUAAAGUUGAUGGGUUCUAGAGUGGAGCAUAGUUCCAAAGGAAUGGAUGACUGAAAGAAUGAUUCAAGAUAAGCCCCUUGAACUCGGUAGCGAUAUCGUGGUAUUUUGCAUGGAUAUACACAACUUUUUAAGGCUACGAGUUCCCAGAAAAUAUUCAGGACAUGAAGGGUAGUUUUUAGCUUGAGGAACGAGCAGUCUACAUCUUACAAGACUACAUCAUCGUCGGGUCACGUCACAUACAACUCAAAUCAUUGCUUGAUUUGACCUUGGAGAUUGGGCGACCAUUGUCUGAAGUCUAAGGAACCUUCAAUAUAAUAAUGCUUGGCGUGUAACUGAAAACAGAAUACUUAUAUUUGCGAUCACACUGCUCCAAGCUUAUACGAAAAAACUUCUCAUAUUUCAUUCAUAACUUUUCAUUUGAUACCUCUAGAAUUCUCAUUCAUCCA